AUGUGGGACACUGAGGGCACACGGACAUGUGGCAGGUCCCACAUCACACGCAGGACACAGAGCCCCCGGCGUGGCAGGACCCUGCCAUGGGGACACGGGCACAGAGCUGAGCAUGGGGGCCACCUGAAAUCCUGCCUCCCGCCCGCUGCCUCCUCGCAGGCGUGCGGCUGUGUGACGGCAGCUGGAGAUCUGUCCCCCGUCACUGCGAAAAUCCCCCGACUGCAGGAAGAUGAGGAGGUGUCUGUGGCUGUGCUUAAGACUGUGUCCUCUGAUUCUGUCACUUACUGCUCGGAGAAAGUGACCAACUUUGUGCUGGGCAAAGGGCGGUCCCUGCUCCGCCUCACUCCCCAGGAGAAGAACGUGUGCUCCACGGCCUCCGAGGAACAUUUCCUCAACAGCACCCUCAGCACCCGCCUCCUGCCCGCCCUCUACUCCGUGGUCCUGCUGGUGGGGCUGCCAGCCAACGCUCUGGCCUGCUGGGUCCUGGCCACCAACUUCAGGAGAUGCUCCAGCACCAUCUUCCUGCUCAACCUGGCCAUGGCUGACCUGCUCUUUGUCCUCCUGCUGCCCUUCAAGAUCUCCUACCACCUCCUGGGCAACCACUGGCUCUUUGGGGACUACCUGUGCCGCACCGUGGUGGCCUUCUUCUACGGGAACAUGUACGGCUCCAUCCUCUUCCUCACCUGCAUCGGCCUGGAGCGCUACAUCUCUGUGGCACACCCCUUCCUGUGGAAGGGCUCCAGCUGGGCGAGGGGCAAGGUGGGCAUCUGUGUGGGCAUCUGGCUGCUGGUGGGGCUGGCCAUGAGCCCUCUGCUUUUGCGCUCCCACAUGCACGACAUCUCCAGCCUGAACAUCACGACGUGCCACGACGUGCUGGGAAAGGAAACCCAGCGGUUCUUUGGCUACUAUUUCCUGUCCCUGGUGGGGCUGGGCUUUGGCCUGCCCUUUGUGCUCAUGACCAUCUCCUACGGCUGCAUCCUGGUGCGGCUGCAGGCCAAGGGAGGCAGCUAUGGGCAGGUGGUGCGUGUCCUGGCCCUGGUCCUGCUGGUCUUCAUCCUCUGCUUCACGCCCAGCAACGUCCUGCUCUUCAUCCACUACCUGCCGGAGCCCACGGGGUGCAACAACGGCACCUACAUCUCCUACGCCCUGGCCCUGGUGCUCAGCGCCUUCAACAACUGCUUUGAUCCCUUCAUCUACCUCUACGCCUCGCAGGAUUUUCGGGGCUGGCUCCGGGAUGCAGGGGGGCGCUGCCUGCGGGGGCUCGAGGCCUCGUCGGGGAGGUCCACGGAGAAAACAGCCCUGCCCCUGAGGUCCAGCGAGCAGAGCCAGGGCUGCCAGGCUGUGUCCCCCUGCCCCGGGGACGGGGGAGCCUGAAACGUGCCCACCGUGGAUGACCGGCAAUAGACUUGGGCAAAAAAUCCCACCUGGAUCUGAGGUGCGCGAGGAUUUUGGCUCAGUUUUGCUCCCCUGAUGACACCAGCACUGCCCAAUCCCAUGGGACC